CUCUUCAACGAUCAAACCACCUCAGAUGUGCUCGUCAAGUUCGGCAUCAAGCAUCAACUCUAUGCACACAAGCAUAUCCUGGCAGCAAAGUCGGCGUACUUCAGGAAAGCAUUCACCGGCGGCUUCUCUGUAUACGAGAUCAUCCUGACCGAUGAACACAACCCAGAGAAUCCAGAAGCAAUCCAAGCGAUGAUCCGCCACAUCUAUGACCUACCCUUCAACGACCAAGAACGUACACCUCGGACGAACCUGAAGCAGAUGGAUAUUGCUUUCCAUAUCGAUACAUUCCUUGCGGCUGAUGAGUACGAUGUUCCCACGCUUCGAGAUGAGGUCCUAUAUGUCUUCUGGAAAGUGAUGAUGAUGUCAUGGGAAGUACCAAGCUUCUUCUACGAGAUCAGUAACCUCUGCAGACUUAGCACUGGGGACUGUCGCCUCCGCGAGCUUGCAGUAUCUUUUUGUGUCAAACAUGCCAGCAUGCUGUUCGAGGAGAGCUCCUGGGCUCAACAGCUACUCAGUCAAGAUCCACUGUUCGGCAGACUC